GGCGAUGAGGUCACGUGUUUUCUGAUUAUGUCAGUCUGAAAUUUGGCUACCCUGGACAGCUCUCCAGAACUGUGAAUUAUGUCUUCAAAACAUUCUUUACAGUACUUUUUCAUAGAAUAAUGUGUAUAAUUAUACCACUACGUCAAAAUUCAUCUCGGUGUCUUUGUGAUGUUCAAUGGCUUAGUUUCCUUUCGUGUUGGUCCAAUAGGUUUGGUACAGCAUCGUCAUCAAAUAUUUGUUUCAGACUUACGAGGUGUGCAGUUCGACCCCGAACUUCUCAUUCGGCCGAAACGCCAGUAGACCAAGACAUCUCAAUUCAGAAUUUAAUCCAAUUAUCCGUUGCCCAACAGCAAGGGUCUUGUAAAUGGCUCAUCGUGGGGUAUAGAUGUUCAUCUUAUGACGAAAUCCUAUCGGGAAAUUCGGGAAUCUGGCAUCAUGUCCCUGCUUGCGGCUGAACCACACGGAUGAGUCGAGAUUUCAGCAUGGGCCUUUUUGAAAUGAGUCUGCUCGUCAAUUGAUCUAGCAGUACAAUGGGAUUCCCAUACGUGGCCCUGGCAAGUCGAGCAGCUAGCUAUAGUGGCAGUCCACGCAAGCCAGAGGAGAAUGCAAGAGAAGGGUAUUCACGAAUUGAAGAGACAUGAACAGGGACUGUGUCACUUGUAUUAUAUCCGACAAGCUUCUAGAUUCUGAAACAAUGUCAUUGUGUAGAUCUCGAACGACUUUCUGGAAUAUGGGAUUGUCUGAUCUAGCGCUCAUCCUACAUUUUUAGCUGUCGCUCUCCGCCGCCUUCAACGGUUAUUCGAACCUUGGAGCUCACACCAAUCAUAUUAAGCUGAUUUUCCCUUUAUGAAUCAGCGUAACAACCAUUGACUAUCCCCGCAAGUCGCCGUCGAUACCCACUCAAGCUGUCAAGCAUCCAACUUCAGGCCCCUAUAUGAGAAUCUGAUAAACUAUACUGCCAGUACAAUGUUAUGUCUCAGGAUACCAGCUUUCAGUAUUGUAUUUAUAUAAACAAGAUAUAAAUCUCUUAAUCCACCGAAUCCAUCUCAUCUCUCCUCGGGUGCGUCCGGCUGGCACCGAUAAUCACAGACCCUUGAACAGACCCACUCAUCAGCCCACCAUCACCAUCGUCUGAUAAUAUCGACCUGGCGUGAUGCGCUCAGCUUAACAAACAACCAACGGAGCAAGGCGAGACUCGGGGAAGAGCUUUCAUGUCAUGAGCAUGCGUAUAAUCGCUGAAGAAGAAAAAAAAUUGUCAUGGACAAGGGACUGAGGGGUAAAUCACCAAGGAUAGGCAAUCCAAUAAAUACCGACGUCUGACUGCUGUUCGAGGCGUGCGAUUCUGUAUAAUCGAUCUGUUACUUGCGAAGACUAAAUCCUUCAAAUUAACUUGCGUCACACGAGCUUUUGCAUCAGCUGAGUAUUUUGCUGUUAAAUACUGACUGUUCACUUCGCUUUUUAUCUGGGCCCUUCGAUCUGCGACACCUUCAUCUAACGACUUAUAUUCUCACUUGUACACGAGUCGAUAUUCCGGGCUUUAUUUAACGAUUCAGCGACAAAGCUACUCAUUUCGAACACAAUCACCAAAGUAAAUACACGGCCAAUAUGAAUUCACGACCUAUGAAGCACAUUGAUCGCGAGGAUCUCUACACGAACCUCGAAGCCCGUGUUCAGUAUCUUCACUCGUUCCUCGACUUCUCAAGCCGUGACAUUGAAGCUCUCAUCACUGGCGCAAAAUACGUCAAGGCCCUCAUCCCCGCCGUCGUCAACAUCGUCUAUAAAAAACUCCUGCAAUACGAUAUCACAGCUCGUGCUUUCACCACCAGAAGUACUUCCUUCGAAGGCCCUCUCGAUGAAAUCCCCGACGAGAACAGUCCACAAAUUCUGCACAGAAAGAUGUUUCUGCGCGCUUACCUUAUGAAGCUGUGCUCAGAUCCCAGCAAGAUGGAGUUUUGGGAGUAUCUGGACAAAGUUGGAAUGAUGCACGUUGGUCUCGGUCGCAAGCACCCUCUUCACAUCGAAUACGUCCACCUUGGUGUCUGUCUCGGCUUCAUCCAGGACAUCAUGACCGAAGCUAUCCUCUCGCACCCUCGUCUACAUAUUCAGCGCAAGACAGCUCUCGUCAAGGCUCUUAACAAGGUCAUCUGGAUCCAGAAUGACCUCAUGGCCAAAUGGCAUGUCAAGGACGGUGCCGAGUUCGAGACAGGCGACUCUGAUAUCGAGAUUGAGCGCGAGGGCUACUUGCAUGGAAAGCGCAUCAUUGGCGAGGGCAGUGGUUCAGGUACUGAGGACGAUGCCUCAGAACAUCACCAGAACGCCCCGUCAAGAAUUCCGCAUCCUAGUGGUAUGCCCGCCGCUGGUGUGUGUCCCUUCUCGGGGAUGGGUGCUCCAGCUGAGGAUGAGGAGAAGUAAGUGGCUAGAUCUCAGAUUCUUGAGAUUGGUCUCAAGAGGAGAUGAUGAUGGACUUUCAACAAUACAUAUCUGGCGUUUGUGAUAAUGACCUAUUUUGGGGGUGGGAUUGAGACAUUCGGGGUUCAAGGAAAUCUUUUUGUUGCAUUUCUUUAGGAUAGAGUAUUGGUAUGAGAAUCACAGAAGGAAGAAUACCACGCCUCUUUUUCAUUUAAUCCCCAGCAUUUUGGCCUUGAGAACGGCUUUCUUCAAGGUCGCAGAUUUUGCUUGAGAAGCUUGCCUACUUGCAACUUCACCUUUGCACGCGGCAUUUUUUCGAGCCCACAAGAUUGUGGCCGCCGAAGCUACUUAUCAAGGAAUACUGGUUCCCAUGGAAGUCAACAAAUGGAGUUUUCAUCACUUGCGUCAUGGCGCUGGAGCUUUUGGUCCUCCUUGGAGGGGCAGCGGGCCCACGAUUGCUAGAUCACGAUUGCUGAGUCUGGACCACUCGUCGCAUCAAGGUUCCUGGGCGAUUCUCAACUAGAGGCUCCAUCUGAUAUUAAUAUGAGACAAGUGAUUGGAUCGUGAUGGGCUUCUGUAGCGGGAAUGACGGGCAGUUGAAGAGGUUUUUUGUCAUUGGCGAAUCCUUGAAAUGUGCCCCUCGGUGGGGUUCUUUGAGCUCAAAGCUCAAGCUUGAGAUGAUAUGAUGGACUUGACAACGAGAAUGAAAGGAAAAGAAUGCUUGUAGAAAAGGGAUUCCGAGAACAAAACACUCAAUAUCACGGUUGCUUCUGUGUGUGUCAAUAUCAGGAAGUUCUUGUCACUUGUAACGGCGUUACCGGGCCGGGAUGUUGAAUCGCUGUUCGAUUCUAGAGUCUAGACAGUCUCGAACUUCUUGGAAACAUAAGUCAACCUCCAAUGGUAGCUCGUCGAUAAACCACACUGAGGCGAGACAGAGUGAGAUGUACAUAUCGAACGGGCGAAGCAGAACAAAGAAUGCAGGCAAUAAGACAUACCAUGUUCAGAAGGUCUGGUGGUGUAAUACUGUUGUAACGGAGUCCACGAGGUUUUAUCGUGAACCAACCAACAAGAACAGGUAGAAGCAGCCUGUCUUUCCAAUUAGGCAGCGGAAGAAACGAAAGAAGCAAUUUUUAAAGUAAACAAAGAGAUAAUGAGGAAAUUACCACUUAAAAUGACUCAAAUAUGCAUACUUGACGCAGCCACCAUCGAAGAUAAUCUGCAGGCAGGGAAACAACCAAUUAUC